AUUUUAAGACUUUUUCAUGUGUAGAAGUAAUAUUAUUUUUGUUGAGUUUUUGUGGUUAUUAGAUGGAUUGUUUGCCAUAUGAAGUUAUAGUACACUUCACUACUUACGAAACUUACAUGAAAUAUAAUUUUUUGUGACAUGGUUGUAUUUGUCAUUCAAGUGCAGGGUAUGGCGAGAAAGUAUAGCACGAAGUACAAAAAAAGGAAAUCAUCAGCACCUUAUCAAAAGGGACUACUUUUUCCAAGGUAAUAAAAUUGGACACCUUAUCAAAAAUUGUGCAACUAAAUUUUAUAGGAUUUUCUUUGUCUCUAAUAAAAAUUUAGUAGGUUAUGCCAAAGGGUGCUGCUAAAAAUACAACAUUUAGUACCAAUGAAAAAGGUGUUUUUUAUAAGGAAAUUACUGAGAAUAUAAAGGAAGUCGCUGAUAAUAGAAAAGAGCUUUCUGAGAAUAGAAAGGAGCUUUCUGAGAAUAGGAAGGAGCUUUCUGAGAACAAGAUAGAGUAUAUUGAGCGUAGGAAAGAAAUUUCUAUUCUUGAAAAAAAAUUAGAUGAGAUUCGUGAAAAUAUUAAUGAUCUCAUUGGAAUGAAAGAUGAUGCCAAACGUGUCGAAGAUCUUCUCCGAGCAUUGUGUAAUCAACGAGAGAAGGACAUAGAAAGAACUAAAGUGGAAGAGAAAAAAUUGGCUGCACAAAUGGACUUGGAGGAGUGCAUCAAUGAUUUAAAAUCUGGGAGAAUCGUUCUUAGCAGUCCAGAUUGUGUUGCUCCUUCUCCAUCAAUUUUAAAAGUUGUCAUACAAGUAUAAACUAUUAAUUUUCAUUUACCUUUAUGCAUCUUUUAUGUGUUUUCAAUUUUUUUUCUAUUUUCUUUUUAAUGAUAUAUGACUAACAUAAAUUUUACCUAUGUAGGAUGACAAUAAAUACUUUUAUCAAAAGCGACCGAAAAUUCCCAAGAGAAAAAAAUCUAAUGAAGAUAAAAAAGUACAAAAGUCGUAUUUUUUGGUAGCGAGCAAGGAGGAUAUGACUUCCGUCUAUCAUUCUUCAAGUGCAGAAAUUCCACCAACAAUUAUUGCUUCAUCACAUUCAUUUUCAACACUUGUUGAAACAACUGUAAUCAAGGAAAUGAUAUACAUCACAAUCGUGAUCCUCCAAUCGACUCCCAUCCAAAUUAUGUUGAUAUUUCUCCAACAUUUUUGACACCAAGAAAGAAGAUAAAUUGUUUCUCAGGCAACUUUCCAUUUGAUAGUGAUUUUGAAGCUAUGCCUUAAAAGGAAGUAGCUGAUGCUUUCUUGGAGUGGUAUUCAAAAGGCAUGAACAUGAAACGCAAGAAUUCUCCAUCUUCUCCUCCAUUUGUUGGAAAAAAUGACAUUAUCAUUUUUCAAAGUGGGAAGAAGUUCAAAUUGGGUACAACACGUGUUAAAAGGAAGAGGUGGUUCUUCGAUAUAUAUGAU